AGGACGUCUCCGCGGUCGCUCGUUGUCGCGCCGGGUUCUUGUCUUUUGUAUUGUGUUCCUCCAAAUCCCCAGAGGGGGGGCUGCGCCGUAGGGUGGCUAAGGCUGCCUUGUUUUUGUGCACGUUGGAUGACUAGUUGGCGGUGAUUUCUAUUGUUUUUUGGGGGUCCUCUCGCGUGAGCCUACUUCGAUUCACUAUUUUCGACGAAGAGUGAUAAAAGUGCGUGUGGGUUGCUUUGUGCAAUUGGUGCUCGAAGAUUGAACGGGGUUGCUGAGGCAGGAGGAAAAAAGCAGGCGACAAACUAGUUGCCGUUCCGUGGAAGAAAAUAAAACGUGUUUUUGUGUAUGAGUUUGAUUGGUUCUUCGGGGGAACCAGAAUUGGUACAGUGACCGUGACGUAAUUCGCGUAAUAAAUGUAAGCAGGACAAUCUUCAUGCGAGGGGUUUCGUUCAAAAAGUGUUGCUUUCGGCAUGAAACUCCAGCUCCAACAACAACCUCUGCUGCAGCUACCAUUACGCAUCCUAUGACUUAGAUCACAAGAAUUGUCUAUUACUGUUCAUGGGCUGAAAGCCAACGUGUUCCUAUUAGACGCCACUUGAACAACGUCCAUGUCAGCCGGAACUGGGAUCAGCAGAACGCUAGCUGCUACUGUGCGUCGUUGCUAUGAAGAAAACCGCCUGUAACACCGCGUUCCUAUUGUUUGAGUUCUCGUUUUUCUGAAGAAGAGUUUGAGUGUCUGUAUGUGUGUAGGGUCGCUAUGAAAAGCGUAAAAGUGUCAUUGGUUUUCUGAUCAUUCCGUGAGAUGAAUUACCCGGAGUUAGUGAGAUGGGUGGAAGGUGUUAAGCUGUGUUCAUUGCAAAAGAAGAUCAAUAGAUUAAUUCCGUGAAUGAAUGAAUAAAUUUUGAAAUUUGCCUGCAAAAUAGUAAAUGCAAAUAUGAUGGCCAACGAAGAGCUCGCAUCUUAAUCAUAUCUCUACCAAGUUUCCUAUCAUCUGUAGUGUGUAGUGUUUCGUAGUUCAUGUGCUAGUGUUUAAGAUAAUAUCAAAGUUCCGUGAAUAUCAAUUCAGCUAACCGAAGAAAUAAUAAGCAAAUCCGUGUUUGUGUCAGAUGUUUCAGUGUGAUUACCAGCGGGAAGCGAUUUAGCAAGUCAAGAAGCUUUGUGAUAUACGACCCCAGCUGAUGCAAAGUCAAUUCCACUCGCCGUAGUUUGUGAUUUCAUCGUCUACGGAAAUAUUGCAGCCAUUAUAGAGAAGCUGUAGCCGUUACAACCGCCCGGCCGCGUGCUCCCACCAUGUGCUCCCUUCAAUUAAAAUUUAAAUGAGCAUUCGGUGAUGUCAGUACGAGCGGACGAUAAUGAAUUGGAUUAUACUCGGGGUGGUUUUCAUCCUAGCGCCGCAGCUCCGACCGGACCCCUCGUCGUUGGCGGAGUCCUCACCGUCGGCGUCGCUCAUCGGGAGUCUACUGCAGAAUGGCGGGCAGCUUGCAGCCGUCCAGGGGACACCUCUCAGUCCAGAUUCCAUCCCGGCAUCGCUGCGGGCGCUGAAUCCCUUCAUCAAGCACUGGGAACCAGCGCGAUUCGAUCGCAGCCAGCUGGAGGCUGCCCAUCGGCACCACGAAGCGCACCGGCGGCGGAGGCGCAGUGUCAACUAUGACCACGGUUCGGCCAGCUAUGGCCCGGCCAACGUGGUCCGGCUGAAUUUCCACGCCCACGAUAGAGAAUUUCGUCUGGUGCUGCGAGAAGACCCCUCCUCAGUGUUCGCCCGAGACGUCCAAAUAGACGACACCGAGGGUCCGGUCGAUUUCGACCUAUCACGGGUUUACACCGGAAUUGUGGAAGUUCCAACCCACAACACCGGUAGCAAAUUUACAAGGACAGUUUGAUCAACUUCUCCGCACUGAUGACUCGAAAGACACAACCAAGCAUGAAAUUAAAUUAGUUUUCAC